CCUGAUAUAAGUCACUAUUAAAAUAAUAGGUAUACGUUAAACACUUGGUAUAUUGUGGACUCGAGUGAGAAAAGAGUGGGGGUCCGUGCGUUUUACGUCAGCAAAAACACCGCGCCACUGAAAGUUGUGGGUUGGUCCCCUUGCGCCUAUAUUCCCAUCAAUUGCUUGCACCUUUUCUUGAACUUGCAGUAUCUUCUUCUACUGCAAUCAGCAAUCAGGAAAUCGUUGGUUUGUUAGCUUCUUUCGCAGGUCCAAGUCGCACUAUUAUGGAUAUCGACAAUCCACCACCGCAGGAUCUUGACUCAGUUGAUCCCGCCCAGUCACUGCGCGCAGCCGCUUUGCUUUCAAGAAAGCGCCGUAAAGUGGCUGUCGAACAACCGCCGGUACCGCCUCAGCGUCCUCUGGUCGAGCAGACUCUGCACUUAGAUUACGGUCAAGAAGAUACUGCCACUUACUCAGCGCCUUCUGUAAAUUUUCCCGCGACAGAAACAAGGAUUCCAUCGACAUCAGAGGAGGUCCCUAAUCCGAUACCAGAAAUUGAAGAUGGUCAGAUCCGAGAGGAAGGUGAAAUCAGCGAUACGGAGGAAGCCGCCCCACCGCCAAGGCCUACGUCCCCGCCUCCAAAAUUUCGGAGGCUCGAAACUUCCUCGAAGGACACCAUCGCUUCCAAGCCUGUUCCUACCUCUCCAGUCGAGUCAAAUAUUAGGCAUAGGCCUUCACCUCGUCUCGAUUCUCCUUUCAUGUCAAAAUCUGCCUUCGAAUCAGAAAUUUACCAGUCGCCACCACCAGCUUUCCUGCAACCAUUUAUUCUCGAAACAUCCACGUAUAGACUUGACCCGGAUCAUGUCAGGCCAGGGCUGGCCAUGACGGAGGAUCAGUAUAAUACCGCAAAAGACAUCGUUUUGGAUCUACUUGGUUGGGGUGUUCCCCCCGAGUACCUCAUCGAUUGUGGCCUUAGCCGUCACGUUGUGUUCUACGUUUUCACCGAACUUAAUUUGCGGAUGCCCACAAACUUGGAUACCAAUGGUCUCAUCCCAUACCCUACGCCUGAAAUGCUGUCCUCUAUUCCCGCCUCACCUUCGCAAUCAAUUCGUUCCUCCUCAUCAGCGAUGCCGCCGCCGCCGACAAUCCCUUCUCACAAAGAGUUGACUAGCCCGGUUGCGGCUGCCUCUGAUCACUCACGUGGCAGACGCGUUACUCGUCUUGGCUUACGUAUAUCGUCAGGGGGUGAGCCCACUGUCAUGAAGGUGGAGCCCACAUCCCCAUCAGCAGUUGACUCAUCGUCUUCUCGUUCUCUUCACAUGAUCGAACAGCAACGACGACAAGAGUUACUUGCUCGGAAAGCUGUUUUCGCUUCUCGCAAGGCCAAGCAGUCCGAUUCCCCUGGCGGUUCAUCUUCGAGGGACAGGGACGUUGAAAUGUCUUAUGUUGCUCCAACCGAGAUUGUCGAAGAUUUUUUAAAGAGUAUUCCCGCCGUGGACAGCGAAACUGCAGAAAAUGGUAGUAAUUCUCCAUCCUUGCGUCCAGCGCGGUACUCCAGCCCUGAAAACAUGGAAGUUGAUCAGGCGUUCCUAGGUCUUGUCACGCCGCAAUCGACCUCUUCUGCGGAACCAUCUGCUUUCUAUUCAGCUGACUCAGAAAUGUCUGGAGCAGGUGAUACUAUUUCGCCGGUGACUGAUGCUCCACCUUUGUCCGGCAGUUCCACUGCACCAUCCUCUGAUACGUAUUCUGGCGCAUCUUCAUCCACUGCACCGGUUGACUACUCUAAUUCCACCACUCCAAUACUCGCACCUGCUACUCCAGGUCAUGACACCAACGGCCUGCAACGAAGGGGCACUAAGCGACCAGUCGCUGCAGACUUCGUUGAUUUUGACCAUGGUCCUGGUACUUCCAGAGCUUCUGGCAACGGUUAUUCGAGUAAUGGCUACACGCAUCCUAAUCUACUUCGACGGAAUACAGGGAGUUUUGCGGGAGUGAGUGGCAUGCGCCGAUGUGUCAUCGAACUCAGCGAUAGCGAGGAUGAUGGAGAUGGCGAAGGGACUGGUGAUACUGGUCCAUACGACGGCCCAUCAUCAUACUCGCCGAUGAUCUUUGCGCGUCCCCCACGUUUUAGUGGAAAUGGGACGCCAAUUUCGUCCAACAGUUUCGCUAACGGCGAAGGGCGUUCGACUCCCGUAAAUCUACACCUAACCAACUCCAACGCUUCGGGUAUGUCGCCUGCUGCUCUCGCUGAGAAAGAGGAGGAGAUCAAAAAGAUGCGCCAAAUGAUUGCUCAGCGAGAAGAGCUUCGGCAGAAAAAACUUGCCGCUAUGUCGGGGAAAGGAACGCCGGCGAUCCAACCUACACCCGCAGGGCCUGUCACAGCCGAUCCUGCUGUACCUUCUUCGAGCACCGUCGUGAUUAGGUCAGAAGAUGGUUCCGGAGCGCCCAUCAACCAGGAGGACACCGCCACGCCCCUUCAUAAUGGCCGCGUUGGGGGUGCGCAGUUAUCCGAAGCUACUGAAGAUGCUGUUAUAGCAGAUACUCAAGAUCACACUGAACCGACGACAGUCAUCCAAGAAAGCACCGAUAUUCGUGUGGUCAUUUCCGCUGAGGAAGUUGCUCCUGUUGGCACCAGCGGCGAAAUAACCUCAACCAAGCACACCAUGGGGGGUGUAGGAUUCGAGCCAAUCACUAAUGAUGGCACCGUCGACGAAGACCAAGCACUAACAGAGGAAGCACGUUCCGAAAAAUGGGAAUCUGUAAGCGCAACGUUUCAUGAAACUGCUGGCGUGUUUGAUGGCCUACCGUCGUCAAAGGUCCCGAAGAAGGAAUCGCAAGAUUCUCAAACGAGCUUUCCGUAUUAUGAUUCGCCAUUCUCGACCUACCCUCUGCUUCUCUCCCAAUUACGUGCAACGCCUUUUGAUGAUGCCGAUUCUUGUCAAGAUCCUCGGCGAACUGCCACUCAUUCAUCCAGAUCAUCAUCGCGAGCCAGUGCGAGCUAUGCACCUAAUUUAUCAUCGCCCUCAUCACGCGCUUCGCUUAUCUACUGUGCACCAUCAUUAUCUCAUUCAUGUUCGACUGUUUUUGUUCCAGAUCUCAAGCCUUUGAAGCUUGCAACGUUGCAGCGCGCCCUUGGUCAAGUCAGUGCUAGCGACUCGGGUCUUCGGGUAUGUCAGUACGAAGUGCCUGGUGGAGGUGUUUGUCGCGACAAAGACUGUAACGAUCUGCAUCUGAGCCGACUCGCGAGCGAGCCGAGUGACGCAGACGUAGCGGCGUACGUGCACGGAAUAUUGCCGCAACCUUGGCGUAGUCGGUGCGACGUACGAGCUAUCGAAAUUGCCCUUGAACGGGUUCGGCUCGGUAGCAGCACCAGAAAUAUUGACGAGCGUGUCAGAAGCGCGCUAUCAGGACUUGGCAUUCCGGCCGUUCCAUCAACAAGGUCGUGACACGUUCCAACCAUCAGUAUGUGACCGACAAUGCGGCCCGACCUCGACAGAUGAUGAAGACCGUGAAACUUAAAGAGACCAUUGUCCAAGAUGAUUCGAAUGUCAAAAUUGUACAGGGCAAAGGACAAGAGCGCUUAGCGCCACAGGGGCAUGGGCUUCUGAUGGUACUUGGAUUGAGGCUUGGACAUAGGAUUAUGAUAUAAUCAAAGUAUUUGGUUGUCACGUCAGAGGGGUUGUGAUUGGAUGAUGCGGAGAGUGAAUUUUGUGACACGAGGUUUGACAUGUUUUACUAAAAUGGAUAAGUUUGAGAUUGCCACGAGGUAAUCAUUUCUAUAAAA